UAUAUAGUGAAUGCAGGGUCCGGGGAGACCGGAUAUAGUGAAUGCAGGGUACGGGGAGAGACCGGAUAUAAUGAAUGCAGGAUCCGGAGAGAGCGGAUAUAAUGAAUGCAGGGUCCAGGGAGAAAGUGGAUAUAGUGAAUGCAGGGUCCGGGGAGACCGGAUAUAGUGAAUGCAGGGUACGGGGAGAGUGGAUAUAGUGAAUGCAGGGGUCCGGGGAGAGUGGAUAUAGUGAAUGCGGGGUCCGGUGAGACCGGAUAUAGUGAAUGCGGGGUCGGGGAGAGAGCGGAUAUAGUGAAUGCAGGGUCCGGGGAGACC